GGAAGUGUGACGUCACUAUAGCACUCAUCAGCUAGAGGCGUACAUCGGCCACCAACAGCCUGGAAGCAGCUUGUGCAAUUCCCACAGGUGUGAUGGGAGACUCUGUCUUCUUUAUGGUGGUAUUUGCAUUUAUUUGUCAUAGCCACAGCCUGGAAAUACAACCCCCCCUGCAUGAGUCUAAAUGGGCUCAGGAAAAUGUCUUAAAUCCUGCCAGUGACUGUGUGUCCAGAACCAGGCCGCAGCCGGUCUUAAACGCUCUAAAUUUUUCGGUGGAUCUUCGAAUGCCUGGUGUUUUGCCGACUGAGUCGGACACUUACCUUUGCAUGUCAUUUCCGGUUCCAACUAGUCGAGAUGCAUACAUUGUGGACUUUAUUCCUCAUGCCAGCAUGGACACAGUCCACCACAUGCUGUUGUUUGGCUGCAUGAACCCUGUCUCCAGCAGUGGCUACUGGGACUGUGGCAGCGUGCAAGGUACUUGUAAGGAUGAAGCCUCCAUUAUGUAUGCCUGGGCUCGGAAUGCCCCACCCACAAAACUUCCCAAAGAUGUCGGGUUUAGAGUUGGAAAAAAUUCAGGAAUGUCCUACUUUGUGCUGCAGAUUCAUUAUGGAGAUGCUCGCGCUUUCAGAACCCAUCAUAAAGAUUGCUCUGGACUUACUUUAAGAAUGACAACAAAAAAGCAGCCAUUCAUUGCUGGCAUAUACCUGCUGAUGUCUGUGGACACGGUUAUACUUCCUGGAAAAAAAGUUACAAACUCGGAUAUUGCUUGUGAUUAUACUUCAUAUCCCAUCUACCCGUUUGCCUUCAGGACCCAUACACACCGUCUUGGCAAAGUGGUCAGCGGUUAUAGGAUUCGUAAUGGGAAGUGGAGCCUGAUCGGAAGGCAGUCCCCUCAGUUACCGCAGGCUUUCUAUCCUGCUGACAAGGAGGUGAACGUGCAGUAUGGUGACAUCAUGGCUGCCAGAUGUGUGUUUACUGGUGAGGGCAGAACCUCCAAAACCUACAUUGGUGGUACCUCAAAUGAUGAAAUGUGCAACUUCUACAUGAUGUAUUACAUGGACAGCGAACAUGCCAUUCCUUUCAUGAACUGCAUGGAGACUGGCUCCAAAGACCUGUUCAGACAUAUUCCAGCAGAGGCAAAUGUUCCCAUCGCCGUCAGUCCAGACCACAUGAUCUCUAUGAUGCACGGGGGACAAUCCUCUACAGAUGAGGGACAGCUCUUUAAUUCCAACAAAGAAGAGCAGGCUCUGCAUCAGGAGUACCAUUUGGACCAAGUGUCAGCAUGGCCAGAGAGUUCUCUUCAGCUGGGUCAGGUGUCAGGACUUGCACUCGACUCAGAUUCUAACCUGGUCAUUUUUCACCGAGGUGACCAUCGCUGGGAACGGGAUUCUUUUAACUUCCAGGCUAGAUACCAGCAGAGGUCGUUGGGUCCUAUUCAACAGUCCACUGUUUUGGUAGUGGACCCAGCCAAAGGUGGAAUCCUGAAAGCUUCUGGCAGAAACAUGUUUUACUUGCCUCAUGGUAUAACUACAGACAAGGAUAAUAAUUACUGGGUGACUGAUGUUGCUCUUCAUCAGGUGUUAAAAGUGAGCAGUGAUGGCAGAGACCGAAUCCUGCUGGAACUGGGAGAGGCCUUCACACCUGGAAGUGACAUCAACCACUUCUGCCAGCCCACGGACGUCGCUGUUGACACAGAAACCGGGAACAUUUUUGUGUCUGAUGGCUACUGCAAUGCAAGGAUACUGAAGUUUUCUGCUGAUGGAAAAUAUCUGACUCAGUGGGGUGCAGGUUCCUCGGACAGGAGAAGGCGCACACCAUUUCAGAUCCCCCACAGCCUGGUGUUCCUUCCUGACAGAAAAGAAGUUUGUGUGGCUGACAGGGAGAAUGGACGUAUCCAGUGCUUCUUAGCUGAAACUGGAGAAUUUGUCAAAGAAAUAAAAAAAGACGAGUUUGGAGGGAAAGUGUUUGCCAUCGCCUUCACUCCUGCUGAAGAUGACUUGAUUUACGCAGUAAACGGGGAGUCACUGUAUCGCUCAACUCCACUCAAAGGUUUUGUGGUCAGUUAUUCAACCAAAAGGAUUCUGGAUACGUUCAGUCCGAACAAGAAGGAGUUUAAAAUGCCCCACGACAUAGUCGUAACUCCAGACGGCAGCGUCUUCGUUGGGGACGUGGGCAGUAAAACAGUUUUCAAGUUUACUGCAGAGAAGUUGCAUCGCUCCGUCAAGAAAGCUGGAAUUGAGAUCCAAGAACUUUUACAAAUGGAGACGUAUGUCCAAAGCAAGACAAAGCAAGGUCACAACAUUUCAAAGACAGCAGCUAUCCAAGAGAAGCAAACCGUAGCUGAGCCAAGUGAACCUCUGGUUAAAGUUGAAGAAAUGAAAAGCGCACCAAAGUCCACCGAAAACAAAGGUGUACUCCCAGCAGUCAUCACCACCUUGCUUCUUGUUCCUCUUCUGCUUGUUGUAAUCGUUGGAGUCUUCACGUGCUGGAGGAAGAACAGUAAAUCUGUGGGCUCUUUGAACCUAGGCAAAUUCUUUGCCUCUCACAAGGAAUACACCCGUCAAGGCUUUGACCAGCUGAGCACUGAAGGCAGCGACCAAGAGAGGAAUGUUGAGGACAGCAGCGACUCCGACAACGAGGAGUACUCCGCUCCACCUCCUCUUCAGUCCUCUUAGGAAGCCCGGAGCGACUUGCUGCUCUUCUUCUCUGAUGUGGUUAUUCACUGUAUUUGUAACUGUUGUGUUUGCUGCCAACCUUGCUAUUUAAUGUAUAUAUUUAAAUGUGGUAUAGUAUUUAAAAUGAACUUGCCAGUCAUCUUAAUAGUCUUGGUGACAAAAAAAAAAAUAGUAUAUUUAUAUUUUUCUCUUAUUAAAGUUGCUUUUAUGGAAGCUAUUAGCACAAUGCCAACCUAACAUUUAGCCUUAAAACAGGAAAAAAGUUUGCUAAUGCAAAACAAUCAAUUUUUUAACUUGUUUUUUAAUUUAUCUGUUGUCUUAUGAAAACAGUUUAGCAAAACCCAGCAGGUAUUUUAGGGGAACUGGACACAGUUGAUUAUUUUGCCAGCUCUAACUCGUGUCGUUCUCUC